UCCUCACCACCACCCUCCCCGCGACGCCCCUGACCGAAUUCCUCCAAUUGGAAAGCGAGACCCAAAAAACUCCACGUCUCCACCUCCGGGAUCCGAAUCCACGUUCAACGGAGUAGUUUUCUCUAGAUUAUAAGCCCUAAGUCAACCUGCAACUUCCACAUUUUUAUGAUCCAAAAGGUGAAAUGAACGAAGUAAUGACGGCAGCUGAUGCAUCCUCCAGCUUACGCCCAUACUCAUCUCCACACUCCAUUUAUCCCUCCAAUCUCCCCCUUGUCUCCGCUUUCCUCGCUUGUCUUGUUGCCCAAUUUCUCAAGAUCUUUACCCAUUGGUUCAAGGAGAGGAAAUGGGAUUCGAGAAGGAUGCUUAGUUCUGGUGGAAUGCCGUCAUCACAUUCAGCAACUGUUACUGCUCUUGCUGUAGCAAUAGGUUUGCAAGAUGGAGCGGGAACAUCUGCUUUUGCCAUUGCGGUCGUUUUGGCAUGUGUUGUAAUGUAUGAUGCUACUGGUGUUAGGCUUCAUGCUGGUCGGCAGGCUGAAUUAUUGAAUCAGAUAGUUUGUGAAUUGCCCCCUGAACAUCCUGUCGCUAAUGUUAGGCCUCUGCGAGAUUCACUUGGUCACACUCCUUUCCAGGUUGUUGCUGGUGCUUUGCUUGGAUGUGUGGUAGCCUAUCUCCUGAGUAGCUCUGCUUAGAAUGGCGCUGGUGAUUCUUCAGAGCCAAGUGCUGUAAGAGGCUUUUGUACUUUCUGAUUCGUUCAGGCUGCAGCUUGACUGGUCGCCUCAAGUAGAAAGGAAAGAGCUAGGAGUUAGGAAUCGGAUCCUUUGUGGUGGAAGAUACGCUCAUUAAGACACGGUUUGGGAAAUUUUGCGUGGUGGGGUCAUUAGAGGGUGUGGGUGAUCGAAACUGUGUAUCGGUACAAGUAACAUAUAUAAUGUCAUUUGUAUUCUGUGUUAUGGUAUCCGUUUUCUAAGAUCUUAGAUAAAGAAUAUCCAGUGGAAUUGGAGGCAAUUCUCAACAUUUGUAUUUGUGUACACAUAGUCAACUUGGUGAGAAAUGAGUUCUACUGUUGACUCAGUGACA